CCCCAAAUAAACGACAGAGCAGCCAUUUUUCCAUUGCAAUUGAGUGACUGUUAAUGCUCUGAAAGCUUCAAUCUUUUCCAUAGAAAGGACAAAGUCAUGCUUCUCAAUCUGUCCAACAUUUCUUCUCCAUAUACUUUAUCAGCUUGUCAUACAACUAAAUCUUUUCCCAGAAAGAAGUCAACAUUCCAGUGUUGCUUAGCUGCCACAUUACAAGAUAAAAGGGUUAGGGAACAGAAAGUAAAUGUAUUGCAUUAUGAGGACAAUAUGAAGCGCAGAUCUCUCCUGUUUUUUCUGAUUACAUCCGGCAUAUCUCCCGCUUUUCCAGCUUUUGGGAAAACAAAGAGUAAAAACCCGUAUGAUGAAAGACGCUUACUAGAGCAGAACAAACGGAUCCAGAGAGAAAAUAAUGCCCCUGAAGAGUUUCCCAGUUUCAUCAGAGAAGGUUUUACAGUUAAAGUAGUAACGCCUGACAACUAUGAAAAGCGUGAUUCAGGUCUUAUAUUGCGGGAUUUUUCUGUUGGUGAAGGUGAUUGCCCAAAGGAUGGUCAACAGGUGACUUUCCACUAUAUUGGUUAUAACGAGUCUGGACGUCGUAUUGACAGCACAUACAUUCAAGGUUCUCCUGCAAAGAUUCGGAUGGGCACUAAAGCAUUGGUCCCAGGUUUUGAGGAAGGAAUUAGAGACAUGAGACCUGGGGGCAAAAGGAGGAUAAUCAUACCUCCAGAACUAGGACCUCCGGUUGGGCCUUCAACAUUUUUUAGCUCAAAACAGUUUGAAGUUUUUGAUGUGGAAUUGCUAGACGUCCAAGACUGCAAGCGUAGGACAAUAGGCUUCUACUCUGAUGUUGUUUGCAAUUGAACAAUAAGGUCAUGUUGUGAAUAUUUCAGUCACAUCUUGUAUCAUUGCUAUCAGGAGAAGAUACUUUUUUUU